UGAUUGGCUUACCCUUAGAUUGAAAGCUGUGUAGACAAAUAAGACUUAAUGUUUAAUGAGCAUAGAGUGCUGCUCCAACCUACCCAACCUACCAUCCGGAUGAGUUUGAAGGAUCAGUUCGUGCGGAGUCAUGAGGGUGUUUGUAAACAACACAUUCACAAGGUGCAGUAAACUGGAGUCAGGCCACUGUCUUCUCAGGUCUCUGGGUAUCAACACAUCCACCAAAGAGGCCCUUAUUGUGGGAUGUGAAGGAUGUCUGAGCUCAUCUUUUUUGACUUUUUACAGUCAUCAGGAUGACAUAACAGUGCUUCAUAUAUAACCUCUUUGACAACAACUGCAUUUGGGCAAAGAGCUUUAAAAAAAAACUUGCCUCAUCUUUGCACUACAUACACUUGAGUCAAGAUGCCUUGGCCAUUUUCGGAGUCCAUUAAGAAGCGGGCAUGUAGGUAUCUUUUGCAUCGGUACCUUGGCAACUUUCUGCAGGAAAAACUCAGUUUGGAUCAGCUCAGUUUAGAUCUCUAUCAAGGCACUGGAUCACUGGCACAAGUGCCGCUGGAUAAAUGGUCUCUAAAUGAGCUCCUAGAGACGGCAGAUGCUCCCUUUGAGAUCAUAGUGGGAUUCAUUCAGACGAUCUCCCUAACCGUCCCGUGGGCAGCUUUGCUGCAGGAAAACUGUGCCCUCGAGGUCAAAGGUUUGGAGAUGGUGUUUAGACCAAGGCCAAGAAUAGCAUCUGCCACUGAGCCCAUGUACUGGUCCAGCUUCAUGACGAGCAGCAUGCAACUGGCCAAAGAGUGUCUGAGCCAGAAACUCACAGAUGAUAUGGCAGAGAGCUUUCAGCCAUUUGAAGGACUGGAAAAGUUUGCAGAAACUAUAGAAACAGUUCUGAGAAGAGUCAAAGUGACAUUUUUAGAUACGGUUCUGAGGGUUGAACACAUUCCAGAAAAUUCCAAAACUGGAAUUGCUCUUGAGAUUCGCAUUAACAGGAUUUUUUACUCUGAUGAAACGGGCGAGGAAAGCUCAAGUGUGAACGUGCAUCAGCCAACCACAUUUGCACACAAAAGACUACAAAUGGAGGGCAUCACCAUAUUUUGGGAUGAAUUCUCGGACACGUCUCGAGCUGGUUUUAAAUCUUCACCUCCUCCAACGGAGACCGAGCCAAAACUCUCACCGAGCUGGAAUCCCAAAAUCAUUUGCGAGCCACAUCCGCAGUUCACAGAGACAUUAGCCUCUACCGCGCCCUUUCAACCUGUGCAAGUAGGGAGUCUCUGCGGUCAAAUUGAGCUGUCCCUUACACUGAAAAACAACCGAACCAUGCCUGGAGCAAAGUUGGAUGUCGCAGGUCACAUUGACACAUUGCUUAUUCUGCUGUCACCACGCCAAGUUCAUCUGCUUCUGGACUUGUUUGGAGCUUUUUCCAAUGAAGGUGCACAAGAAUGGGCCAAGGACAGAAAGAGUCGACCCAUGCAGCAAGAGGAUGAGUACCGACUCCAUAUGGAACUAAACCGCUGUUUGAAGAAGGACACGGCUAGAGCGGGACCAGAGGCCGACCUCUUUGAGAGCCAGACCACCCGAACUGUGUCCAGUCGAGAUGAUGUCUUCUUCUCCAUGGCUGACAUGGACAUGUCUCACAGCUUGUCAUCACUCCCCCCGCUGGGUGACCCCCCAACUGUGGAUUUGGACCUGUCGCUCAAUAGCAACUACUCUGCAUCCCCAGGAGAAUCCCCCUCAGGAAAUGCAACUGCUUUGUGGGACGAUUACAUGGACGUACCACGACAGAGAGAAAAGCAGUCACGAGACUCCCAACUCCCUCAAACAUUGUUACGACAAACUUCACAUCCAUCCAAAACCCACGGGGAUGAGUCCAGGCCAGAGUUGAUGUUGAGUCUGACACUUAGUAGCCUGGCUGUCUCAGUCCUCCACAUCGACCCGCUGCCACCACCGGAUGAUUCCCCCAGUCCUCUGGGCCCGAUGGCCGCACAUUUCUUCAGCAUGGUGGGACCCAGCCAGCUAGCCCCCACCGCCUUCCUUCAGUCUCGACCAGUCUUUAAUCAGGCCUGUCCUCAUGACCACCUCAGAUUUGUAGGCCAGGGGCUGAAGAUAAACUACGAGCACUGUCAGGGAUCCAGCCUGCGGACUUUUUGCACUGAUGUCUCCAUUGACCAAAUGGAGUUGCUGGAGUGUUUAUUCCCGUCAGAGAGCGUAAUUGGUGGCUUUCAGAGAGGCAUUCAGUAUACUGAGCUCCUGACAUUUGACACAGCAGCCAGUACCAACACGCCGCUUAGCAGCUGCUUUCACAUGCUUUAUAAACAGGCUGAGCGCAGAGGCCCCCAGGGCGGCCAGGUGCGGCUCAGCACCAUCCCCAGAAAAGCUGACAUGCAGGUGGAGCUGGGCCCUGUACGUGCCGAGCUGGACAUCAGCAUUGUGGACCGUCUCAACUCUGUACUUCAGCCCCAGAAGCUGGCCACCACGGAGAUGAUGGCCUCACAUAUGUACACAUCCUACAGUAAACAUGUCAGCUUGCAUAAGGCCUUUGCUGAGGUUUUUCUCGAUGACAGCCACACACCCUCCAACUGUCAUGUGUCACUCACCGUUAACGCCCCGGUACUGGGACUCGCAGUUCGCUUUCCCAUUCCUGAUCUGCGCUCCGAUCAGGAAAGGGGUCCUUGGUUCAAAAAGUCUUUGCAGAAAGAGGUACUGCACCUGGAGUUGGAAGACCUGGAAAUCAAAACAGAAUUCAGGGGUGGCAGCACUCCGGAUCAAACCAAGAUGGAGCUCACCUUCAGGGAGCUUAUCGGCAGGUUCCAAGAGGAGCCGGAUCAAGCACCCACCCGCUUCCUCAGAGUGUCCCACACCAUGGACGGUGACAUGACAACAUCUGAGAGUGCAAAAUUUGAUUGGCCACGUGUUGUGUUACAAAUGAACCCCACUGCGGUCCACUCAAUCCUUGAGCGGGUGGCGGCUGAGGAUGACGAAGGGGCUGAGGACCAUUCACUUGAGGAGGAAGAAGAAGAGGGGGCUGCUCAUUCACUGAAGGAUGUGUGUGACUUUGGAAAACCAGAACCAUCACCCUUUUCUUCCCGUAGGGUGAUGUAUGAGAAUGAAGAGAUGGUCAUACCUGGUGAUGUUGCUGAGAUGACAGAAUUCCAAGAGAAAACCACAAACAAUUCUCGUUUUGUCCUUGAACUGUGUUUCCCCAAUGUGCAAUUGACUCUACCCAGCAAAACGUUUUAUGAAAAACUACACAACAGAAUAAACAAUGAUCUAUUACUGUGGGAGCCCACUGCUCCUUCACCUGUGGAGACUGUGGAAAGCAUGCCAUAUGGUGUUGGACUGUCUGUGGCCAGCCAGUUAAUCAACACGUACACUAAAGACAGCUUCAACCAGUUCCGCUCUACAGGACCUGAGGAUGAUAGCAGUGGUUCAGAAGAAGAGAACAUGCACUACUACUCUCCUUCUUCUGACCGAGGCUUCAGGUCUCACAAAAAGAAAAAGCCCAAAUCUCAGAAUAAGAGCUCCCAGAGCCUCUUCUCUGUCAUCAUAAGUGUCAAUCAUGGCCUAGUAGCUCUUCAAACGAAUGCAAAGAAGGAGGAUAAAACACUACUAAAAAACAAACAUGGCGAAUUCUGGCUAGAAGUGAAAAACGCAGUCCUGUUCAGUGUUACGCAGUAUGAGGGCUUUAAAGACCAGCACUACAUCUGCUUCCACACCACUAAUGGCUCCAUGUAUCACCAAGGUCUUGUCGAGGGAAGUCCUUCCACCUCAGACAUCAAGUUGCCAUGCAGGACACACCCGCAUUGGCUGGAACCAACCAUCUACCAAUCCGAGUUGGCUCCUGAGAGAUCCUCGACUCCCUCCGAGGGUAUUGGUCUGGAGUCCCACAGUAUGGUCUCUGUUGCUGUCAAGAUCUCGUCACAGAAUGCAGAGCGCAGUGUCAAGGAAUUCUUGGUUGCUGUUGGAGUGAGAGGAGCAACGGUCCAACACAGAGUGGUCCCUCCCAACAUGGGCUGGUAUGAUCAGAUUGUUGACUUUUUGAAUGUUUCCGAUGAGCCUGUGUUGGGGUACGCUCCUCCCACAUCUGUCAGCACCCUGCAUCUCCAUUUAUGGAGCUGCUCUCUUGACUACAGACCUCUUUAUUUACCUCUCAGAGCACUGCUUGUUGUGGAAACAUUUAGCAUCUCUAGCAGCGUGUCAUUAGAUCACUCCUCCUCAACGCUCAGGAUCAUUUUGGAUGAAGCUGCUCUGUUUCUGUCAGACAAGUGUAACGCCGUCUCUGUCAAUUUAGCACGUGACUAUGUUCAAGUAGUGGACAUGGGAACUCUGGAGCUGAGGAUCAUAGCCGUCAAACCCGGCUUGGAUGGAAAAUUGUCUGAACCAAGAUUUGAGCUUCGAUGUUCAAGUGAUGUCAUCCACAUCAGAACAUGCGCAGACUCUUGUGCUGCACUCAUGAACCUCAUCCAGUACAUAGCCAGCUAUGGGGAUUUGAUUCCUCCUGCAGAGCCAGAGACCAGGCAAAGCAGCUCCACACAAAGAACCAAGGCAGAGUUUCCUGGCCGACCUGUUGCUCAAACUCCCCUGCUGGCCGAGACUGAGCAGCGGAUGUUGCAGGAUCUAAUGAGCGAAGCAAUGGAGGAGACUGAUGGCCAGCAUACACAAGGGCUGCAACAGAAUGGUGCACACGAGGAGAGGAAUCAUGAUCACGACCCUCCUCGCUCCGACUUGUUCCUGUUCCCAGAUGAGAGUGGGAAUGCAAACCAGGAUUCAAGCCCCACUUAUCCUAUUCUACACUCUCCUCUCAUCACUCCUGUUCCAAACCUGGCACAGGAGACAGACGACUUCUGUAUUUUGGAGACGCCCGGCUCGAGAGCAGAGGACCUCAAUCAGGAGCCAGUAGUUAAGCUUCUCAUCUCUGAGCCAGUACAAAUCAGAUACGAUCACUUCAGUCAACCUCUGGACAGGAGUGACUCCAGUCGUGGAGCCUUGAAUUUCCCCGUCCCUGAGGUGCGAUACCUGAUCAAGGAGAUUUCUGUUGUUUGGCACCUUUAUGGUGGCAAAGAUUUUGGCGGUGUGACAUUCACAGCGUCUCCAGCCAGGAGCCGAGGUUCUACUCCGCACAGCUCCCCGUCCCAAACUCCGGUGCGACAGGCUAGAGUAACAGGACGUACAGGAGGCGGAAAAGGAAGGAACCCUGAUGUCUUGAUGGAGAUCCAACUCAGCAAAGUACGAUUUCAGCAUGAGGUGUACCCACAAGAUCAGAUGACCUCCGGCUCACCAGCGGACCAGCCAGUAUCCCGACAGGUGUUUGUUGUGCAGGACUUGGAGAUCAGAGACAGACUGGCUAGCUCCCAGAUGAACAAGUUCCUCUAUUUGUACUCGAGCAAGGAAAUGCCUCGCAAGGCUCAUUCUAACAUGUUAACAAUAAAGGCGCUGCAUAUGUGUCCGGAGUCUGGCCAGGCUCCACAGGAGUGCUGCUUGCGUGUUUCCCUGAUGCCUCUGCGACUCAAUAUUGAUCAGGAUGCACUGUUCUUCCUGAAAGACUUCUUCACUAGUCUUUCCACAGAAGUUGAGUUUUUCUCUCCCCCUACUCAAGACGUAACUAUGUCCAUGAAGAAAUCAUCCGCCCCGGAGAUUUCAUGCAGCUUCUCCAAGCAUGCCGGCACCAGCCAGGACCCGGCACCCAUCAUCUCGGUGCCUGCUCAGAGACGCAUGAGCCACAACGGGUAUUCCACGUACGGCCAGGAGGAGGACAGUGACGCCGCCACGAAUUCCUUCUCAGACCAACCCAUAUUUUUUAGGGAGUUCAGAUUCACAUCUGAGGUUCCUAUUCGCUUGGAUUAUCAUGGGAAACACGUCUCCCUGGAGCAGGGAACAUUUUCAGGGAUCGUUAUCGGGUUGACGCAGCUGAACUGUUCAGAGCUAAAACUGAGACAGUUGUGCUACAGGCAGGGUUUAUUGGGCGUGGAUAAGCUCUUUUCCUAUGCAAUUAAUGAGUGGCUGGCUGACAUAAAGAAAAACCAGCUUCCAGGGCUGCUGGGCGGUGUGGGGCCCAUUCACUCGCUGGUCCAGCUGGUUCAGGGAUUUCGAGACUUGGUGUGGCUUCCAAUUGAGCAGUACAGGAAGGACGGCCGCAUCGUGCGCGGGUUUCAGCGCGGAACUGCCUCUUUUGGAACCUCCACAGCGAUGGCUGCACUGGAGCUUACCAACAGGAUGGUGCGGACCAUCCAGGCAGCAGCUGAGACGGCCUAUGACAUGGUGUCGCCGGUGGUAAAUGAGAGAGACAACAAAAGGAUAAAACGCUUCUCCCACUAUGGACUGGCUCAUCAGCCUGUUGACCUGAGAGAAGGUGUAGCCAAAGCCUACACUGUUGUGAAAGAGGGAAUCACAGACACGGCGCUGACCAUCUACGACACGGCCACCCGGGAACAUGAACAACGCGGUAUGACCGGGGCAGUGGGUGGGGUUCUUCGUCAGCUGCCGCCCGCAGUGGUCAAACCACUUAUUAUGGCCACAGAGGCCACCUCCAACGUCUUGGGUGGCAUGAGGAACCAGAUUCACCCUGAUGCCCGUCAGGAGGAGUCCCAAAAGUGGAGGCAAGGAGAGGAGUAACUGAGCAAAUAACUGUCCUGGUGUAAAUAACCAUCAUCUCAUGGCGGUUUGAGCUCACCUCUUCCGUUGCAGUGCCUUUACGGUUAUCAACAAUGUCCGACCCUGUUUAAUGAAAGGGACGAAUGAACUAAGACUGAAGGGUUUUGUUGACUUCUACACAGUAGAUAAACAUGUAAUCAUUAAUGUGUUUGGUAAAUUGAUGACUCUAAAUUGUCCAUAGGUAUGAAUUUCAGUGUGAAAGGUUGGCGAACAGUCCAGGGUUUACCCCGCCUCCCACCCAAAGUCAGCUGGGAUAGGCUUCAGCGUAUCCCCGUAACCCUGGUGAGGAUUAAGCGGCACAGAAAAUGAUUAAAUUAAUGUUUACAAUGUUCUCUCAUCCUAGUCCAUGUCAAUAGUAAUAUCAAACUGUGGAGCCUGGAUUCAUAGUACAUCUACUUUGGUAUUUACUGUAAAUACCUUUUUAAAUGUGUAACAUUUGUGUUGAAUGUGGAGUUACAGCACUUUCGAGGAACUUGAAGGGUUACUGGCUUGCCCAACGCAAUUAUAUGAGGGGCAGCUUUUUCUUUUUUUCUUUUUUCUUUUUCCUGGUUGGAUUUUCAAGCCGUCAAAAUUGUUAGCAAGUUUCCACACCGCUGCUUUCAUUUUUUUUUUAUCAAUUGUUCCAUCCAUAUUUUGGGGAUCUACUGAAAUAUCUUAGUCUUAAGAUACACAGUGUUUAUGUUUUAGUUCUAUGAAUGUUGAUUUUAUUUGCAACAUGUUGUGCUGCACUCAUUUUACUUCCUGGUUUAUUUGGAAAUUAUUUCUGUACAUACUUGUACAGUUCAUUCUUGAAUUUGUAUUAAAAGCAUGGAUGAUAAUGAAAACCUGAAAAAUGUCACUGUGGAGUGUGUUGUUUAUUU